AUGAUUAUAAUCAUCAUCAACACCAUUACUUGUCCCUUCACAGUUGUGCUAAACGUGCUGGUGAUAAAGGCUGUAAAAACGACACCUCGACUCCGUACCAACAGCAACAUCUUGCUGUCCUGUUUAGCGGUGAGCGAUGUAUUAACUGGUCUCUUUUGCCAGCCAUUCUUUAUCCUGUGGCAGAUUUUCCUACAAUUUGGUCUCAGUAACGGUGAGAUACUUCAGAACUGCUAUCAGGUGUCUGUGGUUGUAUUCCAAACAGCUUCAUACCUCCAUCUGAUAUUGGUUACUUUCGAGAGACUCAUGGCGAUCAAAUUUACUAUGAAAUACUCAAAUAUUAUAACUGAUGAUAAUAUGAGGAGAGCAGUUUUGGUAGUUUGGAUCAUUGCGUUCAUUAAUGGGGUUUUAAGAGGGAUGGAAAUGGUCAAAGCAGCAGGUUCUUUGGCAGGUCUUCUUACUCUGUCCUGUAUCCUUUUCCUUGCUUUUAGUUACUGCAUCAUGUAUCGAGAAACACGUCGCCAGCAAGAGAAGAUAAAAAAUCAACAACUGCCCCAAGAAGAAAAGGAAAGAUUUACCAAAGAGAACAAGGCGCUUAAAACAACUGUGUUUGUGGUUGGUGCUGUUGUUAUUUGCCUUCUUCCACUUUGUUUCUGUCUUAUUGCUUUAGCUACAGGCCUUUACAAAGCAAAUAUUUGGCCGAUCAACAAACUAUUGGUGGUAACAUGUGCCAUGUUAAACUCGCUUUUAAAUCCACUGAUUUACUGCUGGAGACAAAAGGAAAUGAGAAAGGUCAUGUUUGGAAUAAGAAACCAGGUCGUGCAUCCAGAGAUACAGUGA